AUAUCUGCAGUUAGACAACCAACAAUACUUCCAAAUUUAUUUCUUUCUCGAGAUAACGUGGACAUAACCAUAGGACAUAACCUAUUUAUUAGUUCAUUUGUGAUAAUUCACUUUUCUUUAUUAAAAAAUGGGGGAAGAACCAGGCUCUAAAAGAAAAUUGUCAGCUUCAAUCUCCAGUGAAGAAGAUGAAGACGAUUUCAAUAAGAUUUUCCAGUUUGAAGAUGAGGCAGAAGAAGAAGAGGACUCAGAAACUGAACCCGAAGAAGUUGACUGUGAUAAGUGGGAUUACGACUGUAAAGUCAGUACGCUGAAAUCUGACAAAAGUGUAGCUGGCUACCAUUUAAUGCCCACAUGUAGCAGAGACCCUGAGGAGAAUCCCAGCAAAAGAAUCAAAUUGUCGCCAGAAGUUAUGUCGCGUUUGUUGGACACGAGUUACAAAGACGAAUUAAAAACUAAUUGGACUAAAAAUAAGGAAUUACAUUUGGUUGACACUGAACUUAUAAUAAAGCCGUUCAAAGUUUGUGUUGUCAACAAUUUUCUAGAAAAUCCAAAUUUCUUGGAUGAGAUAAGACAAGAAUUCAAUGAAGUUGACUGGAAUGUGAGAAGCCUAGAUUUAUACGAGUUUUUUCAAUCAAAAGAUUUGAAACAUUUAACUAACUUUCCAAACAUCAAUUUAUUGUACAAAUUGUUACAAAACGAUGUCAUGAAAUGGGUUGCUGAAAUCACUGGAUUGAAACUAACCCACAUAUCGGCCACGUGCAGUUUUUACUCAAAUACAGACUACCUAUUGGUCCAUGAUGACCAACGAGAGGACAGAAUGAUAGCUUUUAUUUUAUACCUGACUGGAAAAAAUGCCUGGGAUGAGAGUAAAGGCGGUGCCUUGCAAUUACUAAAUAAAGACAAUGACGGCCAACCUGCUYAAAUCGCCAGAAACAUAUACCCCGCCAACAACCAAUUUGUGUUCUUCCCCGUCACCAGUGACUCCUACCAUCAGGUGGCCGAGGUGACAUCACUUGAAGACAACAGACUCAGCAUCAAUGGGUGGUUCCACACCAACACACCCCCUACUUUUACCACCCCCAAAUACCAACCAUACCCAGAUGGGUUAUUUGGUGAGAAACAAAACCCGCCCAUUGAAUUCGACAGUGAGUUAUCAUCGUGGCUCACUGAGGGAUAUUUAGAGUGUGACAUUAUCAAAGAAAUACAAGAAUAUUUUGAGGAACAUUCGGAAAUAUCACUCAAGAAUUUUUUCAAAAUGGAACCUUUCAAUGAGUUAAAGUUGAUUUUGACUUCUGAUUUGAGCUGGGUCAAAAUUGGGCCCCCAAACCGGCAUUACUACGAGGUUGCUAAAAUUAAAGACUUGCCGGUMGUCCUUGACCGGUUUUUGAUGUUGUUUCAAAGUAAACAAAUGUUUGAUUUAUUGAGACGUUUCACAGGAAUUGAGUUUAAGACUAGUUCGUCUGUGAAGUUCGAAUUGCAAAAGUGGACACAUGGGUGUUACUCUUUAUUGGGUGAUUAUGACUGGUAUGAGAAGAAGCAACUAGAUGUGGUGAUGCAUUUUGGUUGCGAAUGCAACAGUGAUGUGAUUGGAGCUAGGAUAAUGUAUGUAACAACAGAUGAGGAAGUGCAAGAUGCGCUGAUAACACUAGAACCGGAGGAAAAUAAUUUGAAUAUUAUCUACAGGGACACAGCCAGGUUUACCAAAUAUUUUAGUAAACAAAGCAAAUGUGACUGUUUCUACACURUCAUUUGUUCUUAUACGGAAUAAAAGGCGUCAAUUUUUAUUAAACAAUA